GCGAAAAUUCUCUCACUGGCCGGCUCUUCUGUCCUCGUACUUGACGUCAUCAAAAUUAAAGAUUUAGAUUGCACUUUCUGACAUCGAUCACGCCGUUUAUCAAGUAUGUUAAGGCUAAAAUUAUCUUGAAAAACGUGGGAAGAUGCAGUCAUACUACUCGCCAUAGACCGGUACACUGCAGCGGGGGAAGUCAAUGGGAGAUGGGACCCGGAGAGUAAAUCUUCAGAAAGCUCUCUGAACGGGGUUGCGGUUAUAAUAAAGGAUUGGCUAAUAUUCCUUCAUGAAGGAUCCUUUGGCUUAAACUCGGAUCGUCUGAAGACUGGGCCUGAAAAUAGUUUCACACUAGAAAAACUUUUUGACCCGACAGCUCUUCAACGGAGAUGGAGAGAUCUCACUUUCGAUCUCCAGUUGCAAAGUGCGGCUGCAGAUGUAUCAAAGGAUAUUAUUUUAUCACUAAAGACGGAGCUGGAGGAUCGGUUUAGCAUCAGAGUAUGUUAUAUCGCAGGCGACAAGUUGCCUGUAGGGAAGCGCGAAGGCAAAAACCGGCUGCUGGGGACCGUAGACAAUACUACGUGAGGUUUGCAAGUUGCUUCUGGACCGAUAAGACUCGGGAGCGCAAAAAAGAGCAAGAGAGGAAAGAGAAACGAAAUAUGAUUUAGCCUUACGUCAACAAUGGUUAUUCUCAACUCCUUUGAUGCAGUCUUGCAACAACCGAACAAUAGUGAGGAUGCCUAAGACCUGAAGAAGCUCAAGAGCACCACUGGGACCCCAUUCACUUCAAAGGGUGGCCUAUUCCA